AUGUCUUUAGCAAAUCUUGGCAAAAGAGAUAUUCCUUAUAAGUUUCUCUCUUCAACUCGCCUCCAUCAGACCAUGGUAUUUGAAACCGAAGCAGCUGAUCAGGCUAUAGAACCGUAUAUAUAUGAAAAUGUUGACACGAACGAUUUUGUGGAAGCAACAUAUGAAUUAGAAGAAGUUAACGAUUUCGGUGUGAACAUUGAAAUUCACGAAAAUGAUGUUGAUGAUGAAAGGAUACUAGGAAAGGUUUUUGAUACACCCGAUGAUGCCUAUACAUUUUAUAAUGAUUAUUCAUUUUUGCAUGGAUUUGUUGAGUCACGAAGGGUUGCCGAAGAAGAUGAAGACUUCAAGACUAUGAACUCGAGACCGGUUCUUUCUUCAGUGCAUCCAAUCGAAGCAAAAGCAGGUCAAAUUUAUACUAGAAAGAUGUUUGAUACUUUCAAAAAAGAAUGGACUGAAGCUAUUACCAAUUUGACCCACGAGACCAUAACAAAAACUACAGAAGAAAGCACAUAUAGAGUUGGCCAAUUGGAUGUUGAUAAUAAAUAUUGGCGUAUUGUUACCUUUCGUUCUUUAAAUCAAGUCAGCAUCACAUGUUCGUGUUCUAUGUAUGAGACAAAUGGGAUUCUAUGCAAGCAUAGCUUGUAUGUGAUGAAGAAGAAGCAUGUUCAAGAACUACCGAGUCACUAUAUUUUACCGCGAUGGACCCUUGAUGCUAGGUACAAAUUGGGUAGUGUUAGUAUAGGACUCGAAGAAAUAAAUAAUGAAAAUGGAGUUAGUGCGUACACAUUAUUUUGUGUUCGUUCGAAUUUUACGAAACUAAUUGAACAAGCAAGGGACUCCCAUUCAGAGAUACAAAAACUUAAUAAGAUAUUGACAAGUCUUUUGAAUGAUCAAGCAAAUCGAAAAAAAUCUAUGUCCUUGGAGAAUACAUCUCAAAGUUCUUGUAUGGGAGUUUCGCAAGUAGAUAUGAUGCCACAGUUAUCUAUCCGUGAUCCUCUUGGUCCAGUUACUACAAAAGGGCGUCCUAAACUUGCAAGUAGAAUCAAGUCUUCUGUAGAAGCCCCUAAAAAAUGA